CUGGAGUCAAGGAAAUAUAAACAUCACUGCCUCCCCAGCAUCAGAUGAGCGGCGUUUUUCGUUCCAGUCAGCUCCCAGUCAGCCAGCUAGCGUCCCCAGGUCAAGCUCCUUGACACGCCUCCCGUCAGUCAAACAUUAUGAAGCUCAUUACCCUCCUGGUCUUCCUGGCCAGCACGUCACUCGCCCUCCGGGAAAUCGAGGAUGUUACUCCGGUUAAGCGGCAGAGCCUCGACACCAUCACGGACCAGUACCUCUUUACUCUCACACUACCCCAAUUCACAGUGAAGCACGACGCCCGCGACCCGGCUACGCUGGACUGGACGACUGACGACUGCACGUUGUCACCCGACAACCCGCUCGGGUUCCCCUUCGUCCCGGCAUGCCACCGCCACGACUUUGGCUACAACAACUAUCACAAGCAGAACCGCUUCACGACAGCUGGGAGACUCAGGAUUGACAACAAGUUCAAGACCGAUUUGUACUACCAAUGCAACUCGGUGACGUUCAAGUCUCUGUGCCGGGCUCUGGCAGAAGUUUACUACGCUGCGGUGAGAGCGUUUGGAGGGUUAGACCCCAGUAGGCGCGACGAGGAACUUAUCCGGGAGUACGAGGAGAAGGUAGCUAUUUAUAACGCCCUUGUUGAGGUGGCGCAGGUUUACGGGGAUGUGCCGGUUGGAACCGGAACGAUUUGAGAAUUUUGCGACGUUGAUCUGUUGGGAAGGGAAGGCGCUUGCUGGGAAGGAAAUAAUUUGGACCAUCGGACCUGUAGGAGGUCACUAAUGAACUGUCAGAGGCUUCAAAUGGUAGCGGGCCUGAACCUUUCACCGGCAUGAAACGGUACGUUACCUUUCUUGCCGAUAUAAAGGUAUCUCACAAUCUCACUUAGGACAUCCAAUUUCUGCCCCGUGGAUAUUCUAUUGCUAUUGUGGUUGUUGAGAUAAUCGUGUAAUAGAGUGUAAUCAACUGCUUUUAGUGGGCUACUCAAUUGGACGGGCGCCUCAAUC